CUCGCGUUCUUCUUAGCCUUACCACUAUUGCCGAACGUAACUCGCGUAAUUAUGCAGCUCGACGCUUCCAGCGUGUCUGAAACAUCUUGGCUGCAUCCUUCAGAAUGGGAUAUCCUUGUGCUAUCUACAGUGAUCAAAGUGUUACUGUUUCCCGCCUAUCGUUCCACGGACUUUGAAGUCCACAGAAAUUGGCUUGCUAUAACUCAUUCACUUCCUAUCUCGCAAUGGUAUUAUGAUACAUCCUCACAAUGGACCCUUGACUAUCCACCAUUCUUCGCCUAUUUCGAGAAGAUCCUCUCCAUUCCGGCUUCUGUCAUUGAUCCCAGAAUCGUUGAUUUGAACAAUCUCAAUUACGACUCUUGGUCUAUCAUUCUUUUCCAGCGUACAACGGUCAUUAUCACGGAACUAGUACUGGGAGCCGCACUUUUAAAAUUCAUACGAGGCGCCGUUGAUCAACCUACUCAACGUAUCAUCUCAGCCUCUCUGUUUCUUCAUCCCGGAUUUCUCAUCAUCGAUCAUAUACACUUCCAGUACAAUGGCUUCAUGUUCGGAAUUCUGCUCUGGUCUAUCCUCAUGGCCCGUAACGGAAAUAAAUUAGCAAGCGGGAUUCUGUUCGCUGUGCUGCUCAACUUCAAACACAUCUAUAUGUAUCUCGCUCCUGCGUACUUCAUUUAUCUCCUCCGCUCCUUUUGCCUAUGGCCAUCUGGACAGAUAGAGAUCAAGAACUUCCUUGCGCUGGCCAACGCUGUGAUUGCCAUCUUCAUAGCAUCUUUGGCACCAUUUGCUCUUAUGGGCCAAAUACAUCAAUUAAUGUCACGAUUGUUUCCUUUCACUCGAGGCCUCAAUCACGCGUAUUGGGCACCCAAUGCAUGGGCUCUGAUCACUGCUGCUGAUCGUGUCCUUCUUAAAUAUGCCAAAAGUACAGGACAGAAUUUCCACAUAAACAUGGCAGGUGUCUCUUCGACGUCAAGAGGGCUUGUGGGGGAUACCGUCUUUGCGGUCCUUCCGAACAUAAAGCCGUUGCAUACUUUUACAAUAACGAUAGCUCUGCAGUCUAUUGUCUUAAUCAAGCUGUGGUUUCACCCAACUUACAAGUCUUUUCUCACUGCCCUAACCCUUUGUGGUUACUCUUCUUAUCUAUUCGGGUGGCACGUUCAUGAGAAAGCCGUACUCCUUAUAUUGGUUCCACUCAGUCUUUUAGCUGCUGAGCGUCAUGCAUACUUUCGUACGUUUGUGAUAGCUACUGUUGCGGGAGUAUUUUCUCUGUUUCCCCUGCUAUUCACUCCUGCAGAAUCCGUCAUUGAAGUAAUAUACUCAAUCGUAUGGUUUGCCUUACUUUACAUCCCAUUAUCUAAACGGGUCUACGAGUUCCCAAAGUCCCUAUCUUAUGUGAUACUCGAUGUUCUUGAGAAAUUAUACCUCGGAGGUUUUAUUUUUCUGCAGAUAUUUGUCGCCUCUUUCCCUGUUUACGCGUCGUGGAACUCUCGAAGGAAGAUCGAAGAACCUGGCAAUCUCAACACCAGCGAUUCGUCCGCUAUGGAGUUCUUACCAUUGAUGGUGACUAGUGUAUACUGCGCGAUUGGGAUGGUGUGGGGAUUCAUGCGGUUAAUCUUUAUCUAUUUAAAUGAGGAUACGACGUACCAAGGACAAUUGAGUACAAUCCAAUAAAUCUCGAAUGAGUGCUGAGAUAGCAUUCGUAUAGAAUUUCACGUUUCCUAAGGCCGC